AAAAGCACUCUUUGCGCCUUUAAAAGUUAAAAAUAACCUACAGAUCAGCUUAGCCUAUUUGUCGCAUUUCUUCGGGGUCUGUCCAUCUAAAACAUCUGCAGUAAGGAAGGUUGAAUGCGAGGAGCAGCACGGGUAAAUUAUUGAUUGGGACGGUCCUGCUAUAAAAAGGAGACGCCGCCUGGGUUCUGCUCCUUGUCUUCAAAACGCCAAGAUGAGCUACGGAUCCGACAUCUACUCUGCCUCUUCCUACCGGAAGAUCUUCGGAGACUCUACCCUCUACUCAGCCUCUCCAUCCCGGCUGAGCAGCUCCCGGAGCGGGUUUAAGUCCCAGUCCGCGACCCGCACCAGCAUCCCCAGCACCUACAAGCGCACCACCCGAUCUGCCUUUCCAUCUUCAUCCUUGACUCUGGAAAGCUUCGACUUCACCCAGAGCACAGCACUUAAUAAUGAGUUCAAAAUCACCCGUACCAAUGAGAAGGAGCAGAUGCAAGGACUCAAUGACCGUUUCGCGAUGUUCAUCGAGAAAGUUCGCAAUUUGGAGCAGCACAACAAAGUGUUGGAAGCCGAACUCGUGACCCUGCGCCAGCGCCAGACAGAACCGUCCCGUCUGGCCGAACUUUACCAGCAGGAGAUCCGAGAGCUGCGCUCCCAACUCGAGGAACUUAACGCGGAGAAGAACCAGAUGAUGUUCGAGCGCGACAACAUGGAGGAGGGCAUUCAGAAACUCCAGGAGAAGUUCGAGGAGGAGAUGAGAAUGCGCGAGGAGGCUGAGCAAAUGCUUAGAGCUUUCAAGAAGGACGUGGACAACGCCACCAUGGUGCGCCUAGACCUGGAGAAAAAGGUCGAAUCCCUUCUGGACGAGAUCAACUUUAUGAGAAAUGUGCAGGAGGAGGAGGUAACUGAACUCAUGAACAUGAUCCAGGCUUCCCAGGUGUCAGUGGAGAUGGAAGUGGCCAAACCCGAUCUCACCUCCGCCCUCAAGGAGAUUCGCGGCCAGUACGAGGCUAUGGCGAAUAAGAACUUGCAGUCCGCUGAAGAGUGGUAUAAGACCAAGUUCGCCGAUCUUAGCGAACAGGCCAACAAGAGCAACGAGGUCAUUCGCGCUAGCAGGGAAGAGCUCAGCGAGUUCAGGAGGCAGCUGCAGUCCAAGACCAUCGAGAUCGAAAGCCUAAAGGGCACCAAUGAAUCGCUGGAAAGGCAGAUUCAUGAGAUGGAGGACAGGCUCAACGCUGAGGUCAUGGGCUACCAGGAUACAGUUGGGCAGUUGGAGAAUGAGCUGAGGACCACUAAGAGUGAGAUGGCCCGUCACCUCAGGGAGUACCAAGACCUGCUGAAUGUCAAGAUGGCGCUUGACAUAGAGAUAGCUGCUUACAGGAAACUGUUGGAAGGGGAGGAGACACGUAUCAGCACUGGGAUCACCUACCCCACCCCUGCCUCAGUGUCCAGCUACAGCUACCUGUCCCGUAUGUACAGCAGCACUAGCGCUAGUGGAAAGAAGGAGGUCAAGGAUGAUGACGACAAACAUCAGCAGAGCAGCAAACCCGGCAAAGGCUCCUCCCAGUCUGACGACUCCAAGACGAGUGACAACCCCACCAACCAGAAAAACUAAAUGUCUCAACCCUCUUUCUUUCUUCCUCUCCUCCCUCUGCCUUCUCCAUUACCCUCUUCUUCCUUUUCCCAAGCAAUUCCCCUCCACAAAGGGGGUCUCAGAGAGGAAUCUAGCGAAUUUCAACUUAUUCUCCACUAAUUCACCUCCCACUCAGUCACGGGGCAGCAGUUGUUCUGUAGCAAACCACUAACUACUCAAUACACACUCUUUGAUGCAUAUAUUCUGCAUAUAUUCCUGGGCUGCACUGUGAGCCUUAUCGUCACUUUUAACUGUACUAUAACAGGCUUCUCUCAGCACAUUGCAUUAAGGAAAUGUCUAUGUGGUUAGCUUUGGUGAAGGUAGCUUAUUAUGCUGCAGUUUUUCCAAAAGCCAGCACAAAACUUGACUUGCAAUAAUAUUUUCUGUCUUACAAUAUAAGCUGUAAGCCAGUCAUUUAUUGUUGUCUUUGCAUCAUGGCAGCCCUAGUAACAAUGGCAUCUUGGAGUAUCAUCGCAUCAGAAUUGCAUCUGUUUCUUGACUCCAGUUAACUUCGGUAUACUCAUAAUGCUAAAAAAAUAAAUAAGUAAAAACAGGAAUCUGGAACUAUACAUGCAUAGUUUCGAAAACACUCCACCCAGCCAAAUUUCUCUCCAAGACUGCUCUUGAUUCCAUUUUAAACAUGUCUCACCCACUUGCCCUAUAAAAGGGACAAGGAUUUGAGCCUAAUAGCAAGUCCUCACUGCAUGAGGUGUAUCUGCUCUUUGCAUGGUGACUGUAUGUGGGUCCAACAGAAGUGUACCUAUACUUUCAUAGCAGUGUACCUGCCAUCCCUCUCAGUACUUAAGGCUGCAUUAGUUCACCAGCCAAUGGGCAAGACUGAGAGCAAAAUGUUACACAGUACUGCUGAAGCCUUUCACAUGCUGCUAAAUGCUUGUGAUUAAUACAAAUUCUGACAAAUACUUUA